AUGCCAACUCCUACAGUGAAACUCUUCUCUCAACGGGAACAUGGCCACCUAUUGCCGGUCAUCGCUGCUAUCCAUGCAGCUUGUAUUGUGCGUGACCAAACUAUCGCCACGUUCCUCCCGCCACUAAAGGGCUCAAAAAUUCAGAAGUUUUGGGAGGAUAUAGCAAAAGAGACUGAUUUGGGAACACGGUUUAUUAGCAUAUUGCUCAACGAGUCUGAGCUAGGCACCAAAGCCAAGGAGCUUGAGCUUGUAGGAGUUGUUACGCUAAGCAUGCCAUUCAGCGAAACUGGGUCUUUCCGUGGAUUCGUGGAGAAGCUUUUUGUCAGUCCUACUUAUCGAGGGAGAGGUGGAGCUAGAGCUUUGAUGUGUCACCUAGAAGCCGAAGCACUGAAGAGAGGCAAGACCUUAAUGUUGCUCGACACAGAAAUUGGGAGCCAAGCCGAGAAAGUAUAUCCGAAACUGGGGUAUACGGAGAUGGGCAGGAUCCCUAGAUACGGCAUCAGCCCCGUAGGAGGAUUAAAAGACGAGGUGUUCUAUUAUAAACAUCUACAAUAA